UUAGUAAAUGUGCCCCAUAGUAUUUUUGACAAAAAAAGAUAAUUCAGUACAUUUGCAAUGUAUUAAAAGGUGAAUAUGACAAGUUUUGGUGAAUUAAUUUUUAAUUUUUCUUUGAAACUUUGAAUAUUUGAUAAUUUAUCAAGAGCACAAGAACAAAUUCAUUAUGGCCAUGAAGAAUUUCAUCAGGUUCAGGCUCACAAACUGCCAUUUUAAAGACAGACUAGCCAUCUCAUCAAAUACCUACAUAAUAUUGCCAAUGCUAAUAUUCCACAUAAGUCAUUCCUUUAUGGCACGAAUUUCCCCCUCUACAAUCGCAUAGUAUUUUGCUGAGAAUACACCUCAGCAAUAUUUCUGCAUAUUUUAAGUAACUUUAUGAUGUGGUUGUGAAAAUAUUCCUGACAUAUUGAGGGGAACUUUGAUGGAGUUAAAUGAGGAGACAUUUCACACUUUAGUAAAUAUGCCCCACUACACCCCCAAACUGAAGCAAUAUUUCACAUUACAGCAGAAAGUGUGCACCUUUUGAAAAAGCCUCAUUAACUAUAUUUUCUUGAAAAAGCACAACUUUAGCUAUUUUGUGCUUUUCAGGGUUCCAGAUGUAAUUUCUCAUAGAAGUUAUAGUCAUAGAAGUUUUUGGAGAUUUCAUCAGAAUAUUAAGGGGAAAACAGAUUAAAAGCAAAGUUUUUUUAAUCAAAAUCCCCAUGACAGCUAAUUAAAAUCGACUAAAUAUCAGUCCACAAACUCUUCCAAAUAGAAUGGUAACACACAUUCACUUUUUCAGUCUAGACAACCCAAUACUAUAGAUACCCCUUAGACCAGGGAUCCCCAAACUUAUUUACCCGUGAGCCACAUUCAAUUUUAAAAAAGAGAUGGGGAGCAACACAAGCAUGCAAAAAGUUCCUGGGGUGCCAAAUAUGGGUGUGAUUGAUCAUUGAUAGCUCCUACUGUAUGUGAUCUUGCAGCCAACAUGAGGCUUUGUUUGGCAGUACACCUGGUUUUUAUGCAACUAAAUCUUGCCUUUAAGCAGAGAAUUCAAAAAGAAGUACCUGAUUUAAGUCCACUGGAUGCAACAUCAAGGAUUGGCGAGAAACAUGUUGCCCGAGAGCCACUGGUUGGGGAUCACUGCCUUAGACUAUUAGUUGUUUGAAGUUGUUUGAAGAAUGCAUAGGUGCAAUAAAGAGUGGCAGUUAGGUAUUCUGAAUUUAAUGUUUUACAUAAAUAUAUUAUUUAUGAUAAAAAGUUCACCAGUUUCUUUCACAAACUGAAUACUGGAUUGACAUACUUCUUGUAAUAAAACCUAGAAAAAACAUUUUGGAUUUCUUUUUGUAAUAAGUGGAAGUUAAUUUCCUUAAGGAUAUUCCCUAACAAACAUUAAUUUUAGAAAAUAAAUUGCUCCCAGAAGAGAUGGUCUCCAGUGCUGGAACAAUGGAUAAAAGCAAGGGAGAUGUAGCCUGUUGUAUAAUGAGCAAGGUAAGACUGGCUUUCCUGGCAGUUACUUUAUAUUAGUCUCUUCAGUUGACACUGAUGAAUUACAGGAAUUCAAGUUUUUACAUUUAAAGUUAGUGAGUAACCAGCUAGUCAACUGCACACCACAUUUCAACGAGGGUAACUCCACAGAACUUGAUUUUCACUUUGAAUACAUUUAGCCCCUAAUUCUGUAGUUCCCCUUUAUGAAUUGUGGUGAACUUUAUUUAAAGCCCUUUUGUAUUUGUGAGGGUUUUAGCAUUUAAACAGUGAGGGUGAGGGUUUUAGCAUUUAAACAUAACAUGGAGCUUUAAGGAGACAUAUACUGUAUUUAAUUCAUUAGUAAUCAACUCUAAGGAAGACCUCUGAUAUUUUAUUCUUUCUCAUCAGUCUUUGAGAAUCCAGGUUGGAGAGGGCAAUAGAUUCUAACAGUGCCUAGUUGGGAUGCAACAUGGCCUUGUGGUAGGAGAUACUGAGCUGUUAAAUGCACGUUUAGGGUUAGCAACUGCCUGCUGUGAAUUGUCAUGUUUUGUGUUUAAUUCCUGUUGAGUAAUAAUGGAUAGCUUAACAAGUCUGUGCAAUGGGGUUUAAUAUUGCACAGAGUCAAAUGUCCUUCUUUAUUAUGUGUGCCCUAGGUUAAAACACAAAUAAUAAAAUGUUUACUGGGAUUAAUAAUACAUAGGCUACUGUGUCCUGAUGUAUUUAAUGCUAAUUCAUUGGACAUUUUCUUCUAGGAAGCGGUACAUUUGCUGAAAACGCAUUCUGCCGAAUUCACCCAGAUAUCAGCUUUAAUUAUUCCCGACUGUCAGAAAAAAUGUUCCUGGCAGGGCAGUUUAGGUAAAUGGGGAAAUAUCAAGCAGAUGCAAAGUGCAUCAUUCCUUGUUUCUUUUUUUUUUACUUGUUUCUUCCACAGUGGCCAGACAUGGCACAAGCCAACCAGACAACCGUGAGUGAGUUUAUACUACUGGGAUUAACCAAUGAUCCAAAAAUGGAAUUAUUUCUUUUCACUUUCUUUUUGCUGAUAUACAUUAUUACACUUUUUGGAAAUAUCGGUAUUAUAUUCGCUGUCAUUUUUAUUCCUGACCUUCACAACCCCAUGUAUGUCUUUCUCAGCAACUUAUCAUUUUCUGAUCUUUGCUAUGCUACUGUUGUCACUCCUAAGAUGCUGUACAAUAUGUUUUCUGGGAGAAAAUCCAUCGAUUUUAACAGCUGUGCCAUGCAGCUGUUUUUCUUUGCAGGUUUUGCAAGCACAGAAGGAUAUAUGCUGUCUGCCAUGGCAUAUGACCGAUAUGUGGCGAUAUGCCACCCGCUUCUUUAUGCAGUAAUUAUGAAUAAAAGAGCCUGCAGCUUUCUCUUGGCUGGUGUGUAUAUGACUGGAUUUCUCAUUUCAAGUAUUCACACAAGCUGCACUGUAAGUUUAUCCUUUUGUGGACCUAAUAUAAUCAACCAUUUCUACUGUGAUAUCCCACCACUAAUGGAACUCUCCUGUUCAGACACAUACAUUAGCAAAACCAUCAUAUUUGUUGUUGUUUUCUGUCUGGGCUUUUUCUCUGUAGCUGUUACACUGGCCUCUUAUUGCUACAUUUUUUUCACCAUAAUGAAUAUCAAGUCAUCUGGGGGGAGACGCAAAACAUUUUCAACCUGUUCCUCCCACCUCUUAUGUGUGUCCUUAUUUUUUGGAACAGUUUUCUUUAUGUACCUUCGUCCAGCAUCCAAAUAUUCUGUUAGUCAAGACAAAGUGGUCUCUGUGUUCUACACAAUGGUAAUACCAAUGAUGAACCCAAUCAUCUACAGCUUACGGAAUGCCGAGGUCAAGAAUGCAGUAACUUCAUACAUCAAUAAAUUGUUUCUCUCAAACAAUUUAAAGUUUUAGACUAAGGCAUUGAAUAUAUGCACUGUUACCUUUGUUAUGUAUCAUGCGUUACAGUUUUAAGAAUAUUGUUAAAUUCUUUUUUUCCCCAAGAAAUCUGCUAUGAAGCAUAAUGAAUAAUGUUUGUUCAUUAUACAGAUUAAUGUUUUUGUUGUUUGAUUAUUUGAUUAAUUAAAUAAGACUUUAAAUAUGGCGCCUUAUUAAAAUAGAUUUUUUUUGGAGGACAUAAAAGCAUGUCUUCAGUUAGAGGACAUGAGGUUUUUUUUUAAAAAUGAGAUCUGUAAAGUUUUAGAUUUAUCACCCAAAUCUGGAUGUCACAAGAGAGCGCUUUGUUUAUGUAUGUGUUUAAACCCAUGUUGCACCUUUAUUUAUUUGUUACAUAGCUUAUUAUAUAUCAGGGUCCCAGGCUUUUUUGCCAGUGAGCCAUGUUCAAAUUUACAAAGAAUCAUGGAGCAGCACAAGCAUGAAAAUAGCUCCUGGGGGUGCCAAAUUAGGGCUAUGGUUGGCUAUUUGGUAAGCUCCAUUUUGACUGACCGUCUACAGGGGGCUUUGUUUGGCAGUACACUUGGUUUUUAUGCAACCAAAACUUGUCUCCAAGCCUGGAAUUCAAAAAUAAGCACUUUCUUUGUGGCCACUGGGAGCAACAUUCAAGGGGUUGGUGAGCAACAUGUUUCUCACAACACUGAUAUAUAUAUAUAUAGACAGAGAGACUUGUAUUCAACUGAAAGCUUACAGUGUAGAUUUCUUUUCAGGAAGGUAUUUGGCCAAAAUAUUUUGGCACUUUUAUUUGUAGGAACCAAAAAAUGUGAAAAAAUUACAUACUUGGGUCUGUUGGCAUUGAUGCAUAUUCCCUUAGUAUGAACAAAUAUAUUAUUAGUAUAUCAUAAAGAUUCAUUGGGGCUUACUGACAAAUGUACAUUUUUUUACCCCUCUGUAUAUAAUACAAAAUACAAUCAAUGCAAAACUCUUUUCUGCACUGCAACAACUCUUUCUUUUGCUUGGAAAAUAGCUUAUUUUAAAUUGCUAAGCUUUUUUAAAUUGCUAAAUUGCUAGCACUCCCUUCUCCUUCCAAUGAUUAAGAUGGUUUGGGCAACAUGACCUUGCUAGCCUGAAGAAUGCAUUCACAGUAAUUGUUUAGCGAGGGUUCUGAGCAUUAUUGAAUGUGCUAUUUGAACUAUGUAUGUAUGCACACUUCUAUUUACAUGGAUUAAUUUGCAUUCAUUUUAAUAUAAUGCCCAUUUAAUUAUUAGGCUCGUCGAUUUCCAUGGCACAGAAUGGAAUCUCAUUGCUCAAAGCAGUUGAACACAUUCUGAUAAACUAACACAUUAGGUAUAAGAGGAAAUGCUUUCAUUAAUGUGUCAACUUUAAUCCAAGCAAUACUUUAUUAACAGUAAAAUUUAGCCAUCAGAAUUCCCCUAUUGAAUUGUAAUAAAUCUACCCAGUUUUCUCGAAAACAACUUCCAUUUGCUUUUACAUUGUAUAAAGAUAGUCCUGCAAAUUAUUUCUAUCAUUUAAAUUAGGAGCUAGUAUAAAGAUGACUAUUCCUCUAAGCAUUACUUUCUUUAAACAAAAUAACCUCAUUAUAAAAGACUAUCAAAGGUUAUUAAAAUUCUUUAGUAAAAGGAGUCAUUAGAAGUAAUAUUCUAACAAAGAAACCUUCCCCCUUAUUGUGUAGAAGAUUAACAAGUAGCCUCAUAACAUUGUGGUUUGUUAUAGCCUUAAUCAUUUCUCAUGCCAUCACUAGAUAAUACAUUGUGCUUAUGGCGGUGAUAGAGUUUGUUUUGCUGCAAUGUGCAAAUGACUCAACUAUUUAAUUUUUUUUCUUCUUUAUAACUUUAAAUAAUCCAACAUUUUCAUAAUCCAAUGUGUGCAUUACUCAGCUGUCUGUGACUUGCGCAUAUUUUCUAUUACACUGUUAGUACUCCUGAGAUGACUGAUGGUAAAUGAUGUAAGAUGUAAGUUUUAAUGACUGUGGACUGCAAUUGUAGUUCUUUGCUAUGUAGAUGACCAUUGUCAUUUGGCUUUGCCAUUAUUGUCAAAUGAAAUUGAAAUAUAUUUUGUUGUUAUGGAACAACAUAAAUAACCUUAGAUUUUCCUCAUUCAGAUUUUUUUUUUUUACCUACCUUUGUUCACGUACUAGCAGUUGUAUAUUAAUGUUGUUAUUGUUGUCAACACUGCGGUGAUGCAAAUAAACAAAGCAAAUAAAGGUCCAUUUACUAAAGUGCAGUAAAUGUGACUUUCUGUAUGUUAUCGCUGCGAAUAUUUUUCCGCCAGAAUAUUC